CUUCGUGUUCAGCAGCAUCUUUCUGUGGAUCUGCACCCCGUACUUUCUGACUCUCCUCCUCCAAACAGUGGAACAAAUAGCAAUAUUGGAAAAAAGAAGCAGACAUUAAAGCCGUGAGCCUCUUGUUUCGCGGUAGGAGCAUUUCAUACGACUGAGGUGCUUGUUUUGUUUCUUUCCCCCCACCCCCCUCGUCCUCGGAGGGUUUUUGAAACCACUCCAGACACCAGACCGCCGGACUUCUCUCGUUGACUUCACACUCUCACAAGGGAAAAAAAAAUGGGGAAACAGAACAGCAAGCUGACCCCUGAAGUGAUGGAGGACCUGGUGAAGAACACGGAGUUCAACGAGCACGAGCUGAAGCAGUGGUACAAGGGAUUUCUGAAGGACUGCCCCACCGGCCGGCUAAACCUGGAUGAGUUCCAGCAGCUCUACGUCAAGUUCUUCCCUUACGGCGACGCGUCCAAGUUCGCCCAGCACGCUUUCAGGACCUUCGACAAAAACGGCGACGGCACCAUCGACUUCAGAGAGUUCAUCUGCGCACUGUCCAUCACAUCGCGAGGCAGCUUCGAGCAGAAACUCAACUGGGCCUUCAACAUGUACGACCUGGACGGAGAUGGCAAAAUCACACGGGUGGAGAUGCUGGAGAUCAUCGAGGCGAUCUACAAAAUGGUCGGCACGGUGAUCAUGAUGAAAAUGAACGAAGAUGGCUUGACGCCCGAGCAGAGGGUAGACAAGAUCUUCUCCAAGAUGGAUAAGAACAACGACGACCAGAUCACGCUGGAGGAGUUCAAAGAGGCGGCCAAGAGUGACCCGUCCAUCGUACUACUGCUGCAGUGCGACCUCCAGAAAUAGGCCGGGACGCGGCAGAGAGAGCGCCCCCACCAGCCGCCACAGACUGCACAGAAAGAAUUUCAUGUUCCAUUCAGUUUGCAGCUAUUUCCACUGAAAAAAAAAAGA